AUGCAAGUUCGCAAUGCCGAAUAUAAUCCAAAACGAUUUGCUGCUGUUAUUAUGCGCAUUCGAAAGCCACGUACCACCGCCUUAAUCUUUGGUUCGGGUAAAAUGGUGUGCACAGGUGCUCGAAGUGAAGAAGAUUCAUUAGAAGGAGCCCGACGUUAUGCUCGAGUGAUGCAAAAACUUGCCUUUCCAGUCAAAUUUCGCGAUUUCAAAAUUCAAAAUAUGGUCGGCAGUGUUGAUGUUAAAUUUCCUAUUCGAUUUCAGAAUAUCGAACGGAUUGCACUCGAACAUCAUCAAUUCUGCAGUUACGAACCGGAAGUAUUUCCCGGUCUAAUUUAUCGAAUGAUUCAACCAAAAGUUGUUUUACUUAUUUUCGUAUCGGGAAAAGUGGUGCUAGUUGGUGCAAAAACUCGUCGAGAAAUGCAUGAAGCAUUUGAAAGGAUGUAUCCAAUUCUGAAACAAUGUCGAAAAUGA